AUGCUACCUCUUGUAGCCAGUUUAACUCCGAAAGAAAUAGGAAUAGACUUUUCAAAUCAGAUGCAGGCAACUCGAUCACACAGAAUUUUGUCUAUGGUUUUAAAUCGAAAAGAAAAUAAUCAACAGCCUUCUAGCAGUACCAAGAAAGUUUCUGAAACUGCUGUAUUCACUGAGUUCAGUGAAGUCUAUAAAGUAAGUGCCACAGAUGGGACCCUAAUACCGAUAGAAGGAGAUUUUCGAGAUACUACUCACUGGCAUGAUACUGAAAAUAACUCCAUUUUGCUCAGCAACUUUCAACAGCCAAUAUUUCAAGAUGAAGUCCUCGGUGAAGUCGCACAUGAGUACCUUGUAGAAACUGAUGAAAGAACAGAAAACACUACUUCAAGUUUUGCAUAUUUAGAACAGAGUAAAAUUCAACAGCAAAUAUUUGAAGAUGAAGUCCUCUGUAAAGAUACACAUGAGCACCUUGUAGAAACUGAUAAAGUAACAGAAAAUACUAAUCCAGAUACUUAUUUCAAGCAAACUGCUUUAUUGGAAAUAGGCAAUUUGCACCUUAAACCCGGUUCAAGCAUCACCUCUGAGGAUUCCAAUCAAAACGACGAUGACUAUAUCCUUGAAGAAGAUCCCGAAUGUUCAGAUAAAACUGCUAAUAAUGAAGAGAAAACAGACAGUUCGAGGAGGUCACAUGAAAAUAAACUAAAUGAAGAAAAUAGAAUAAGACGCAGAAAGCGGAAGGCAGAUGUGGAAAACUGGAACAGGCAGGCAACAAAAUCUAGAAGAAUGCAUGGAGUGGAAUACGCUGGUUUCCAAAGAAAUAAGGAUCGUAAAGUAUCCUACGGAAUAAAGCGACCAGAGAGAAAGAUAAGAGACAGGUGUGUAUCUUUAGCAUGUACGAAGUCUACAAAGCAUUUCUGUGGGUCCUUCUCGGAGGAAGAGAGGAAUCUUAUGUUCCGAACUUUUUGGGGCAAAAUGGACUGGCAAGAAAAGAAGGCAUACAUAACGGGUAACAUGGAAUACACAAAAACGAAAAGGUCAUCGAAAGGUAAAGAACCAUCAAGAAGAAGUGGAACCUAUUACUAUUAUUUAAGAAACAAAACUAAUGAAAAAAAGAGAGUCUGCAAGAAAAUGUUCUUAAAUACGUUCGAUUUAAAAGAAGACAUGGUUCAUGAUUGGUUCAAAAAGACAGAGCAUGGGCUUAUUUGUAUAAGAGAAGAAAACUCAAACACAAGUGCGGAUCAAAGAAGAUCAAAUAAUUUUAAUAAAGGAAAAAGAAAUUGUCUGGUUGAUUGGUUCAACAUGCUACCAAAGAUGGCCUCUCAUUAUUGUCGCAAGGACACAAAGAAAAAAUAUUUAGAGACAAUUUUUCAGACCAAAGCUCAAUUAUAUAGAGAGUAUUUAAAGCACUGUGAUAAUAACAGUCUGGAAAAAUUAUCGUAUGCUAUUUUUGACCAAAUAUUUUGCGACUUAAACCUAAGUUUGUACCAGCCAAAAAAAGACUGGUGUGAUACCUGUAGCGCAUUUGAAGUUAAGAAUAUCGACCAGUUUGCUUACGCAUCACACAUAGAAAGAAAAAAUCUAGCAAGGGAGGAGAAAGCCAAAGAUAAAGAAGAUGCUAUCAACCACAAAAAUUACACUUUUACAAUGGACCUUCAAGCUGUAAAAAGCUGCCCCGUCUUGAACGCAAGUGCCAUAUAUUAUAAAAAGAAACUAACAGUUCACAACUUCACUAUGAAAAUAGAGAAUCAAAACAUUAUGAAGGUAUUUUCUGAAGAAAAGGCCAUUAAAAUAGUACUAAACAUCAACAUUAAUAAUAUUAAUUUAUAUGAUCAGGACACAUGUGAUAAAAUUGGUAAGCAUACAGUUUCUUCAACGAAUAAGACUGUUCUAGAAAAAUGUAAUUUAAUCCCUAAUAUGUGUAUUUCUUCAACGAAUAAGACUGUUAUAGAAAAAUGUGAUUCAAUCCCUAAUGUGUGUGGUUCUCUAACGGAAAAAACUAUUCCAUCAAAAUGUUAUUCACUCUCUGAUUUACCUGUUUCUGCAAGUAAUACUAUGAAAAAAACUGAAUGUAAUGAAAUAAGGCUUUUUUGGCUUGUUUGUAUCAAUGGUUUAGAAUGA